AUGGAUGUUUCUGCUGGCUAUAUUUGUAGAAUAUUGAGAUCCGAUACUUUACAGAUACUAACUGAUGUUAAAUGCUUUGAAAAAGUUCUCAAAUGCAUGAUUUUAACAAUUGUCUCCAAAACAAUUGAUGUUGUUGAAGGAAUAAAUGACGAUGAUACAUUAGACGAUUUGUAA